UAUACAAAAAUUGAGAGGGUAUGAUACUCAGAGACUUUAGAAGCUUUAAUAAUUCCUCCAUAGCUCAGUUUUUCCUAAAUCAUACAAAAACUGUUCCUCAAUUCAGUUAGGCAGAGUUAAAAAUAUAUCAAAAGAGGAGAAAAGAGACUCAUCUGGCAAUCACUCUAAUCAAAAAGCAUUUGAUGAAUACCUCCUCAAUCAGAAUGAGAGUCUGCAUACCAAGAUUUAAUAUGUUGCCUCAUCAAGAGAGUCACCGUAAUUGGCAAGUAUACUGAUAUCAACCAAUUAAGAGACUCUUAAUUGUAGUAAACUUUCAUUGAUUUAUUUCAAGACUCAUGGACCAAAAGAAUUCAUGAGGCGGAGCUAUUUAAUAAGCACAA